AUGGAAACACGCUCGAGGCCGAUAGCACUGAAUAUAAUUAAAACCGAUUUCCCAAACGACGACAUGGAGAGAAAAGACUUUGUUGAGCUUGAUUUAGGGAAAGAAGGAAGCUCGUAUGGAAGCGACCCAGAUGCAUUGGAAGAAGAUUUUACCGGCGAAACUAAGUUUCAUUAUAAAGAUUUUGGAAGUAUCGAUUGGUAUCGAGAACUGGCGGUGGACCAACGAAAACGAGCGAGAGACAAGGAAAAGGCAGAAAAAACACCGAAUAUUGUUAAUUAUAUAAGGUCUCUUGCCGAUGCUGCUUCUGGCUGGAUUAUCGUUACCGUUAUUGGUCUUCUUGCGGGUUUUGCUGCCGGAGUCAUUGAUAUCGCAACAAAAUGGCUUUCGGAUUUGAAAUCAGGCUACUGCCGCGGCCAUCUUUACCUAAACCAGGAGCAGUGUUGCUGGUCAGACACUCUUCAUGGAAUCGACGAAGACAAUUGCACAGCUUGGAGAGACUAUGGAAACCCAAACACUUACGGAGGUCACGUGCUUCUUUUCAUUAUGUACUGCUUGAUGGGAACACUCUUUGCAACAAUCGCCGUGAUUCUUGUGAAGAUGAUUGCGCCUUAUGCCUGUGGUUCUGGCAUUCCUGAGGUCAAGACGAUUCUCUCUGGUUUCAUCAUGAAGGGUUAUCUUGGUUUUGGAACGCUACUCGUCAAAACUUUGACGAUGCCCUUGGCCGUAUCUGCAGGUCUUAUGCUUGGCAAAGAAGGUCCACUUGUUCACGUUGCUUGCUGUUGUGGACAUGCUGUUUCUCAAUUCUUUCCAAAGUAUAGAAACAAUCAGGCAAAGCUUCGAGAAAUGCUCUCUGCAUCAGCUGCGGCAGGUGUUUCUGUUGCUUUUGGUGCACCUAUCGGAGGCGUUCUGUUUUCCUUGGAAGAAGUGAGCUACUAUUUCCCUCUCAAAACGCUUUGGCGAUCAUUUUUCUGCGCAUUGAUUGCAGCUUUCUCACUGAGAGCAAUGAACCCAUUUGGAAAUCAGCACUUGGUUCUUUUCUACGUGGAAUAUGACAAGCCUUAUCAUCUGUUUGAGCUGUUUCCAUUUAUUAUUCUUGGAAUUUUGGGAGGCCUUUAUGGAAUUUUAUUCAUCAACAUGAACCUCUCCUGGUGUCGUUUUCGCAAAAGAUCGAUUCUUGGCCAGCAUCCAUUACUCGAAGUGGUGAUUCUUGCACUUGGAACUUCAAUUCUGGCGUAUCCGAAUCCAUACACUAGAAUUCAAUCUGGCCAUCUUAUUCGUUUGUUAUUCAAAGAGUGCAAAAGAUACGAUGACAAUCCACUUUGUGACUACAAUUACAGUCAAAAUGCCACAACAGUCUUCAAUGACGGCAUCACUCAAGCGACAUGGCAGCUUAUACUGGCCCUUGUUGUAAAAUCAGCACUCACAGUGAUUACUUUUGGCAUAAAGGUCCCAGCUGGGCUCUUUAUUCCUUCUAUGGUCACUGGCGCAAUAACAGGACGGCUUAUCGGCAUUUUGACCCAAAAGAUAAUCGAAGCUUUCCCGACAUUGUCAAUUUGGGAGGGUGUUUGCGCAGACCCAACUUCAUGCAUCGAGCCGGGACUGUACUCAAUGGUCGGGGCAGCAGCUGCUUUAGGAGGCGUCACGAGGAUGACAGUUUCUCUCGUUGUGAUUAUGUUCGAAGUGACAGGGGGACUGCAGUACAUUGUACCAUUCAUGGUUGCAACCAUGGCUUCAAAAUGGAUCGGAGAUGCGUUCGGAAAAGAUGGAAUUUAUGAUGGGCAUAUUACCCUAAACGAAUAUCCAUAUCUUGAUGUCAAGAUCGAUAUGCAACAGCAGAAGACGACUGCCGGUCAAAUUAUGAAUCCAAAAGGAGGGACGAUGGUAACUAUCCCUUUCCAAGGAAGUACAACUGAGAAGCUCUGUACAAUGUUGGCUGACCAUCCCUUUUCUGGAUUCCCGAUUGUCACCGUUCAAGGGCGAUUAGUGGCAUUUAUAACUAGAGAAGAUCUACAAGAAGGAAUAGCUGCCGGACGAAAACUGAUGACACUUGAUCCUAAUGAUGCUCACAUUGACCAAACGGUGUUAUUUACGAUGUCGACGCCUCUAGUUUCUGCGGGAAGGGUUCCUAUCCGUCUAAAUAAUGUCAUCGAUUACAGUCCCGUGACAAUCAGCGAACAGACGUCCAUAGCUCUAGUUUUAGAGGUGUUUCGAAAACUCGGCUGUCGCCAGGUUUUUGUCCUCCGACAAGGCGAACUGGUUGGUCUUAUCACAAAGAAAGACCUACUCCAAUUCAUUUAUGAGACGAGAAACAACGAUCAAACUUCCUAUACUCAGUUCAAGUAA